CUGGACCUAGCGACCGACUAGAAAUUACAACUGUCGAAUACAGUCGCUCCCUCACUGGAUAAAGACUUGCCAGUCAUGGCAGAACCUGGCAGAACUUUCAAUACUGCCUUCGCUCCUCCUCCACCUCUCUGGAAACAUUUCACGCCUGAAAACUUACAGAGAUUGGAAAAUAUUAAGAAAGAGGCAUCCAAGGGAGAGGAUGGGCGACGAAGAAAGAAAGAAUGGUCGCCGGCCGAAUUGCGCUCUUUGAAAAUACCCCCAGAGCUUCGAUUCCUCGUGCCUCCAGAGAUUCCUUCGGAGCAGUAUAGCAUCUUUGGGGAAGUUCAGAAUCUCUCAACAGCUCUUCCUUCCCUCGAGGAACAAGGGAUUACCCAGCUCUACCCCUCGUCGCCCAAACCCGACACGAAAAGCGGAGACAGCUCACAACCCGCGCAGCCGCUGAACCAUGCGUACUAUCUCUUGAAAAUUAGCAAGUCGUUACUCUUGAACUUUCUAGAGUUCGUUGGGAUCCUGUCUGUGGCGCCGGAGCAGUUUGAACCGAAAGUUGAGGAUAUUCGCAACCUCUUUAUCAACGCGCACCAUCUAUUAAAUCUAUAUCGACCUCACCAAGCCCGAGAAUCUCUUAUUAUGAUGAUGGAAGCGCAGUUAGCCCGCACAAAAGACGAAAUACAACAGAUGGACAAGCUGAAAGAAGAAGUAAACGCCGUAUUGGAUCAGUUGGCUGCCGAAGGCGCUGAUGUGGGAUCUACGAUUCAGUCCACUACAAAAGACAAGAAAGGUGUGAAGCCGGAAGAUCAGAUCCCUGAGGACUCGAAGCUACUUUGGGAUAUUCUUGACGGCAAACUCGACGACUGA